GUCUCAUUCAAAAUCCGGCUUGAAAAUUGCAAUCUCGUUCUCGUAGGAUAAUUUUCAAAACAUUCAAAGUAAAUAAUUCUACAUAAGUUUAAUUAAGGAUAUGUAAGGUGCAAAAGUUGCUCAAUGGAAAAACUGACAAAAUCCGCCGGAUGACAACCCUUCUCACAUUCUUGUUCUGACAGUGUCAAAAAUAUUUCAACCAUGUCCGGUCUUCCACCAGGGCCACCCAUGUUCGGGAUGCCACCAUUUAUGCCAGGGAUGCCCUUACCGCAAGGGAUACCAUUGUCAAUCCCUCCUCCAACAAUGCCUGGAUUUGUUCCUGUUGCAACUAACAACGGAGCAUCAUCUCACAUUACUUGUGACUGGUCAGAUCAUACCGCUCCUGAUGGUCGGACUUAUUACUACAAUAACAAAACUAAGCAAAGUUCAUGGGAUAAGCCAGAGGAAAUGAAAUCGCCAACAGAGAGACUACUGUCUCAAUGUCCCUGGAAGGAAUAUACUGCUGAUACUGGCAAAAAAUAUUAUCAUAAUAUCAACACAAAGGAAAGUAAAUGGACUAUCCCGGCUGAGUUAGAUGAAAUUAAGAAACAACUCGCAAUGGAAACUGCUGUCCCUUCUAUCCCCCCAACAAUUGCUGGCGCUGGUCAUAUUCCAAUGCCUGGACUCCCUCCUGGAAUGAUUAUUCCUCAAGGAUUACCUCCUGCAAUCGUCAUGAAUGCUCCCCCACUGGCAGUUUCAACGCCAUCAAGCUUGGAUGCUGCUGUUCUAGACGAAACUAGCAGAUUGAGUACCUUGACGGAUGAUAACACAAAGACAUCGGCAGGAAAGAGCGACGAAUCUGGAGGAGAUUCAAGUUCCGAGGAUGAAGUACAAGAAAAGGACGAAAUUCCCAAGGUUAAAGACAAAAAAGAGGCUACAGAAAUAUUUAAAGAACUGCUUCGGGAAAAGAAUGUACAUAGUACGGCAUCAUGGGAGCAGGCGAGCAAACUUAUAUGCAGAGAUCCCAGGUUUAAAGUGUUUGAAAAAAAUAAUGAAAGAAAGCAAGCCUUCAACGCUUAUAAAAUUCAGAAGCAGAAAGAUGAAAGGGAAGAUGCUCGACAAAAAGUCAAAAAAGCUAAAGAGGAACUCGAAAAAUUCCUGCUAGAAAAUGAUAAAAUGACGAGCAUAACAAAGUACUAUCGCUGUGAAGAACUAUUUGGAACAAUGGAUAUCUGGCGAAAGGUACCUGAUGCUGAUAGACGUGAUAUUUAUGAAGAUGCAAUACAGCUCCUUGCAAAGAAAGAGAAAGAAGAAGGGAAAACGACAAAGAAGAGAAACAUGAAAAAGUUGUCUGGAUUAUUAGAGGGGAUGACAUCCAUCAUAUACCAGACUACAUGGCAGGAAGCUCAACAACUAUUAUUAGAAAACUCUGCCUUUUUCCAGGAUCGAGAGCUGUUAGCAAUGGACAAAGAGGAUGCCUUAAUCGUGUUUGAGAAGCAUAUUAAAGAACAAGAGAAAGAAGAGGAGGAAGAACGCGGAGAAGAAAAGAAAAGGAAGCGCCGAAUAGAACGUAAAAAUAGAGACGGGUUUAUUAAACUGUUGGAUGAGCUUCAUGAUCACGGGAAAUUGACAUCUAUGUCUUUGUGGGUUGAGUUGUAUCCAAUUAUUAGUUCUGACGCCCGUUUCGCACAAAUGCUUGGUCAACCCGGCUCAAGUCCUUUAGAUUUGUUCAAAUUUUACGUUGAGGAUCUAAAAUCUCGCUAUCAAGACGAGAAAAAAAUAAUCCGAGAAAUUUUACGUGGCAAAAGUUUUGAUGUGACGGAAGUGACAACAUUUGAAGAAUUUGCUACAGUUGUUUGCGAAGACAAACGAGCUGCAACGUUGGACGCAGGCAAUGUUAAACUUACAUUUAAUUCCUUCCUCGAAAAGGCUGAGGCAAAAGCAAAGGAGAAAGUUAAGGAGCAUACCAAGAAACUUAAAUUGCUCGGUCUAGAUUUAAUUGCAAGUUUAAAAGGAUUUGAAGUUGACUAUCAAACUACUUGGGAUGAUAUUCGUUCUAAGGUUAUUGAUACUGUCGAAUUCAAAGCAUUUGACAGUGAAGCCGACUGUCAAAAGGUUUUUGAGGAAUAUGUUCAUGAAAUGGAUGAAACUUGUGGCCAUCACCAUCAUUCUACAAAAAAGACCAAGAAAGCAAAGAAGCAUAAAAAGAGGGCUUCUUCUUCAGAUAGCUCAAAGUCUCACUCUCCUGUUGUCGAGCUGGAUGAAAGCCUGAAGAAAAAGAAAAAGUCAAAGAAGAAUAGAAAACGAUCAUCUUCUCGGUCAAGAUCAGAAAGCCGAUCAUCUAUUAGUUCUGAUUCUGAAUUACGAGAAAAGUCAAAGAAAAAGAAGAAGGCGAAGAAGAAAAAGUCAAAAAAGAGAUCUUCUAGUAACAGUUCCCUGGAGUCUUGGGUGGAGAAAGAUACCGAUUCCAAGAAAAAGGAUAAAAAUAAAGGCGAUUUAAAAACAUCAUCAUCUGGACAUAGACGUGACGGCAGUAUUGAUACAAAUGAACUUUCGGAAAGUGAACUUGAGAAACAGAGAGCGUUGCUUCUUCAACAACUAAAAUACGCAGGCGACAAUGAAGAUCAUCGAUGAACCAAUUAAUGACAGACACAUUUUUUAACCAUUGGGCUCACAAUGUUUUUACCAUUAUUAUUAGCAUUGUUAAUUUGUUAUUCACUUUAUAUUCAUAUAAUGAUUGUUUUAAGACUGUCUCAUGUACUCUUGGCUUGUUUCGUUAACGAAAUUAAAAAUGAAUAAAUUAAGCAGAUAUAUAUACAUACUACAAA